AUGAGGAUCUACGCAAGUCAGCCUGCGGGCAGCAUCCCGCUCCGGGGCGGCGGGGGUGGGCGCGGGUUUCGCACCCGUCCUCGGCAACCCCCGCAGCUGCCGGGGCACGCCACAGCCCCCCCGGCCGGCAGAAGCCAGGGCCGGCCCAGCGCCGGGGGAGAGCCCGCACCCCGUCUGGAGCCCGGCAGAGAGCCCGAGGGGCCGGGGAAGCCGCGCCGGCUCCCGGAGGGACGCCCGGCCGCAGAGGACCGGCGGCGCCCGGGGGGAGGCGGCGAGGUCGGUCCCCGCCCGCCCGCCGGCGAAGGGAAGCGUUUCUUACCGGGGCCGGCUCCUCCUCUGAUGCAGAAGUCCCGGGCCCGCUCCGCGCCGCGCCCGGGCCCGGCCGCGGGCUCGCUCCGCGGAGGAGGCGUGAGGCCCGCGGGGCGCCCUAGACGGGGCCGGGCGCGGGCGCCUCCGGCCCGGCGACCUCCAUGCCCCUCCGCCCGCUUCCUCCGCCGCCGGCUCCGCGGCGAGCGCGGGGCCCAGCUCCUGCCUCCGCGCCCGGCGCCCGCGGGGGUGGGAGAAGCGGCCGAAGCCCCCCCCGCUCCGCCCACCCCUGAGGCCGCGAGACCCCCGCGCGGCCACUUACGCCGCUGGCACAACGGCUCCCCCAGCGCUGACGCCGCGCGCGCCACUUCCCACACGGCGCGGCGGCAGCGGAGGAGGAGGAGCCCGAGGCCGGCGAUCUCGCGAGAUACCCGAGAGCCCGCCCCCCCCCCUCCGCGGAGUGGCGGGCGGCGGCGGGGUCGGCCUCUUAUAGCGGAGGUAGCCAAUAGGGAGGUGAGGCGGAGAGGCGCCUCUCGCGAGAGCUGGGAGAGGCGGGGGCCAGGUGUCCUCUCGCGAGAGCGGCGGGCGCUCGCUCGCCCGGUGCCGCUGGCCGGUAGCGCGGCCGCCCUCGCCUCACCCCGCCGCGCCGCGCCCACUGGCGGGGACGCGCCUCCCCCGCCCCUCCUCCGCUUCGCCCUGCGGCCCGCCGCCAUUUGA